AUGAGUCUUUUUGCCACCUUAGCACCAGUUACUGGCCGUGUCCUAGAACACAAAGGCAUGAUUAGGAACGACAGAUAUCAGGGAUCUCACCUGCUCGUCAACACUCGGUUAUUCGUCUGGAUCCGACGUCACUCCUUGCACCCACGAAAGUCAGAAGGUACAGGGCAGACCCUGCGAGCCCACGGCCUACUGAGACACCUCACCGGUGAUAUUCAACGUGGCCCGGAGACGGACUCGCAGAAGGCACAGGUGGUGCUCCUGAUCGAGCGGAAGCCUGGAUCGCCACGUCUGGCAAAAUCUGGAUUAUACGGCCUUAUCCGCAGGGAGACGCUGCGUAGUGUCCUACGAAAAGCGAGCAGGCCAAUGUACGAAUUCAGUACACUCCACAGGGAUGACUUCAAGUCCAUGCACAAAUUCCAGUUCUGGGUCCAGUAUCUCCGUCGGAGACACAGGCAAUCGGGCCAUAUACUAGGAGAUAAAGUGGAAAUCAAAUCCGUGCUCGACGCCCUGGAACGAUAUGAUCUUCAGACGAUCCUGAUCGGGAACAUUCUCGAUGGCUCGUUGACGUGGGACGAUGUGAUAAAGAAGCUGUCGGCUGAGGUGGCCAUGGAAUCUAGGAAGGCUCAAGAUGGACUUCUCCAAUAA